AUGACGGCAUUCAAUUUAAAAUUAUUAUUAAUUCUAUUAGUACAUUUCGAGUGUUUAAUCCAUUUUGUGACGUGCCAUGGAUUAUUGUUAAUACCAGUAAAUCGGGCAUCAAUAUGGCGAGAUAAUAAAUCAGCACCCAUCGAUUAUGACGAUAAUCAAGGUUUUUGUGGAGGUUUUCAGGUACAAUGGGAAAUAAAUAAGGGAAAAUGUGGAAUAUGUGGAGAUGAUUAUCGAUAUCCAGUUCCAAGAUCACAUGAAUAUCAAGGACCUUAUGGACGUAGUGGAAUUAUGGCAAAUUAUACUCAAGGAACUGCAAUUCAAGUGACAACUUUACUAACAGCUAACCAUUUGGGAUGGAUUCAAUUUAGUUUGUGUAAUUUAGAUAACAGAAAUUUGGAAACGGAGGAUUGCUUUCAGAAUUUAGAAUUUACUAAUAACCGGGCGGUGUAUGACAUCCCUGAGGGAUUUACUGGUUUAUUAACAAAUACAAUUAUACUGCCAAAAAAUCUUAGAUGUAAACAUUGUGUACUUCGAUGGCAUUAUCGAACUGGUAAUAAUUGGGGUAUCUGUGAAGAUGGUAGUGGUAAAUUGGGUUGUGGACCUCAAGAAAAUUUCCGUUCAUGUUCUGAUAUAUCCAUACAAUAAUUUUUAAUGAAUU